CGCCAGGCCGGGCGGAGCCGGAAGCCGCCGGCCGAGCCUGACCCGCUGCGCGGCGGUGCGCAAAGGAGGGCGCGACGGCGCUGCGGCUCAUCCAUGGCGCUGAACCUGAGCCGGAACGGGCCGGCGCUGCAGGAGGCCUACGGCCGGGUCGUGGCCUCCGCGAGCCCGACGGACUGGGCCCUGUUUACAUACGAGGGCAACAGCAAUGACCUGAGAGUGGCCGGGACUGGAGAUGGUGGUCUGGAGGAGAUGGUGGAAGAACUCAAUAGUGGGAAAGUAAUGUAUGCUUUCUGCCGAGUGAAAGAUCCCAACUCUGGUUUGCCCAAAUAUGUGCUUAUUAACUGGUUUGGUGAAGGCGUUAAUGACGUGAGGAAAGGCGCCUGCGCCAACCAUGUCAGUUCAGUGGCAAACUUUUUGAAGGGUGCUCAUGUGACAAUAAAUGCUCGGGCUGAUGAGGAUGUGGAGCCAGAGGCCAUUAUAGAGAAGGUGGCCAAGGCUUCUGGGGCAAACUAUAACUUCCAUAAAGAAGGGAGCAAGUUCCAGGAUGCGGGGCCACAAGCUCCUGUGGGCUCCGUCUACCAGAAAACAAAUGCCAUGUCUGAGAUUAAAAGGGUCAGCAAAGAUAACUUUUGGGCCAAAGCAGAGAAAGACGAGGAAAAUCGCCGGCUAGAAGAAAGGAGGAAGGCGGAGGAGGAGCGUCAGCGUUUGGAAAAGGAGCUUCGGGAUCGGGAAUUGCAAGAAGCAACUUUACGGGAGCGAAGAUUUAAGGAGCGAGCCAGUGAGAUUGAUGCCCGGAGGAAAUUCCAGCAACAACAGGAAGCCAACUCAAGAGAGAAAGAUAAACAACAAUGGAAGGAGCAAGAAGAAGAUCGCAGCAAGAAAGGUUUCCCAAGGAGGAGUGAGUCUGUGGAGAAAGCUCAGGAAGCAGCAUCGCUUGUAGCUCAACGAUCAGUGAAUCCUCGUGAGAUCUUCAAACAGAAGGAGAGGUCCAUGUCUACAGAAGCAGCCACUGCCAUCAGUUCCCAGCCAGGCAAGUUACGGAGCCCUUUUCUUCAGGAGAGAAGUCAGGUGGAGGGUCCUGUAUCCCCUGUCCAACCUGCUGCGCAAGAUGUUCCUCCUCCUCCUGUUGCUCGUUCGUCUGGUCACGACACACCUCCAGUUUUUCCUGUUCCCGAACUUGGUGAUGCUGUCAGGCAAGAAAACCACAAGGCGGGGGCUGCGGUCUACCAACCAGAGGUGGAAUGUGAGGCGGUGUAUGAGGAGCCCCCAAGCCAGCGUGUUAUCUAUGAUGAGCCUCCUGAGCCUGAAGAUGCUAACUAUGAUUAUACUGAGACCUAUCAACAAAACCUUAACCUGGAGGGGAAAGGUAUAUGUGCCCGUGCUCUGUACGAUUACCAAGCUGCUGACGACACAGAGAUCUCUUUUGACCCUGAGAACAUUAUCACAAAUAUCGAGAUGAUUGACGAGGGCUGGUGGCGCGGUUACGACCCCGAUGGCCACUUUGGGAUGUUUCCAGCCAACUACGUGGAACUCAUUGAAUAAGGGAUCCUCGCCUAGGGGACGAGCGCAAGUAACGUCUGAAAGACCAACUCUCCUCAAAUCCAUUUCUUGGAGAUGAAGCUGUGUAUUUUAUUUUGUUUUAUUUUAUUUUUUAAAGAGAGAGAUGCCAUUGCUUUGUGCCCCCGUUGCUGGCAGAACCUCUGUAUCUGCCUGGUGAAGCAGAUCCCUGUUUUGUUUUGUUUAUUCUCCUUAACAGGCAUUUUCAAGUGGAGAUAGACAUCACUUUGGGCCAUGCACAGUAGUUCUGUUUGUUCAAAGAGGGAGAAAGAUCGUCUAGUGGGAAAAGCACUGGGCAAAACCAUCGUCCCCAGACACGCAUGGACCAUGGUACUCUUUGGACUAUCAACAUGGACUCUUUUGAAGAAAGGGGAGCGAUUGUCACAGCUGCGUCUGCUCCUGUCUGCGGAUCUUAUCCAUCCACGUGUCGUAGCUUUGCAAGAUUGCAUCAGAAAAAGGAAUCUUAAGACAUGCCUUCAUUAGUAUUAACCUUGAUUUAGGUGGCAGCCCACCACCCACUUAUUCCAGAGCGCUGCUUUGGAGAAAAUGGAUUGUGCGUAGCUGCGGUUGGAGAAGCAGCCUGCCUGGAAUUGCUCCGAGGGAAAACUGAUUGAAACAAGCAGAAUUAGCCGUGCCUUCUGCUGGGUUCUUUUGUGCAGCUUCACUUUCCGUUUCAGCGGAGCAAUUCUUUAGGGGAAGACCUCUCCGCCUUUUUUAUGCGAGCUGACUGGUGCUGGAAGCGCUCGGAGUAUUUGUGGAAAUUCUCUACUUGCCGUAAGGCAAAGGGCUCUCCUGGUACAGUAGGUCUCGUGAGAGAGGAGCAUUCAGGUGUCAACUCUGUCCCUGUAGAUGAUGAACUAGUUGCCCCCAAAUCAGGACUUAGCACUGGGCCGGUGGUAGGUGCACACAGCUUUAAAUAUUAGCUUGUGUUUCCAUGCGGUGGGGUCUGGUUCGGUUGAUAGAGGAGAACUGUGGUUUGUUCAUUUGCCCUUUCUGGAAUUUAAAGGUGGGGGGAUAGAAAUACAUAAAAUUUGGCUUCAGUAAAUUUGAAUUCUUUCUUUCUCUGCCUUUUUUGUGGGUUUUUUUUUUAAAACUAGAUUGUAGAAAAACAUCUGGCAGCUGAAUACAUGAGGAUGACACCAGUUAUGAAACACGAUGUUAAGUAACUUCAGGCCCAGUCUUUCCCACCACCUUCCCUUCACAGUAUAGAGGUAUAAUGUUUAACCCCCCAAAGGCCAUUUUUACGUUAAGUUUUGCUUCUCUGGCUCAGGACAGUUUGAUGGGGUUUUCAGGGACUUUUCAUAACCUUACCCAGACAGAUCAAAGAAUGUAUGAGUUGGAAGAGACCUUCACUGUGUUUAAACCAAUUCCCUGGUCAGUGUAGGAAUCUACUUUAACCAUCCCCCAUAGGUAGCCACUCCACCCCUCUUUUAAAGCCUGAAGUGAGGGCAAGGCGAUGACUCCCAUUGCUUAACUAUCUUACUUAAUAGGAAAUUCAUCCUCGUGUUCAUCCUGAAUCUCCUUUCCAUAAAUUCAGCUCUGGGAUCCUUGUCCUGCUCUCUGUUUCAGCAGAGAACGGGUCUGCCCCCUCUUACAUGACAGCUUUCUAGAAUUGGUAGAAGGCUGUCUCUCUUCCACCUUCUGUUUUGCAAAGUAUAUCCUGCUCCUCUGAUGGUUCUGCCUUAGUUGCCAAACCCUUGUCAUUGUGGUAUCUCUCUUUUGAGCCUGCUCCAGCUUCUCCCUCUCCCUUUUAAAGUGUGGUGCCCAUAUUUGGAUACAGUAUUUGGCACUCAAGCACAGUCAUACUGGCACAGAGCUCAACAAAGGUACCCACAGAGGCCUUUACUAAAUGCUUAAGACGAAUGUUGCAAAACGAAUGUUACUUGGUCUUUACUUGUAAGGCCACAGUGAUUAUGGAAAUGAGAAUUUAAUGCAGCUGGUUUAUCCCUCCCAGCUACUCUUUCUUUAAUACCAUUUUCAAAAAUUUUUAAAGAUAACAAAACAUGGCUAGGAACUGAACUUCCCCUUUUCCAUUAUACCUUUUCCAAUACGUAACAAAACUUGGAUGGUCCUUUCCACCGCUCCAUAGGGUAGGGUCUGCAACUUCGGCAGGUCAAGGGUGGCACUAAGCGAUGUGCAGAGCUCCAUGCUCAGCAAGACUUUCAAGUCCAUGCUUCAAAAAGUAGGUGAAGCUAAGGCAAAACUGAAUUGGAUUUCUUUUGCAAUUCAGUGUAAUCAAAAUGAUGCUAAUUUGAUCUUGUGUAUUUAAUAUAAUUUUCUCCAUGCUUGUAGUAAUAGCCUCACUUUCUGCCACAUAAAAAUUAGCUUGAUGCCAGCUUUAGGAGGAGCUUUGGAAGUGGGGGUCCUUCAGGGGUCACAGGCACUUUAGGACCUCAGUUUGUGCACCUUUAUCCUAACAAUGAAGAUGUUUUUUAAAGACAACUCACAAUGCAAAACUAAAAAUGAACGCUAAAUCUGAUGUUUCUCCUGAUUCAGGAGCUUUGGGAAUAAUGUUAGGAUUUACUUUUUUCCUUUCUUUUUUAAAGAACAGUACAGAAAAUUUCCCUCUGCAAAUGGCCACCACUGACCAGCAGUGAUUCGCAGGGAUUCGUGUCAGGUCAUUUUUAUCUGAAUUGUCCAUCAUCACAUAGAAUCAUUGCUUAUUUCAGUUGCUUUUCAGAGCAUCAAGUUCAAAUUCUCCUUUGUCCAGCCUUCUGCUAUGCCUGAAGAUUUAUGGUGGGGGUAAAAGCUAGUAAAUCGUGACAAAAUGCCAUGAAGAAGAAUUAAAAUGAAAUGAUAAGCCUA